AUGUGGCUACCGCUCCGCGUCGGCGCCGGAGCGGCCAAGAAGGAGAUCGUGCUCGGCCGCUCCUCGAAUUGCGACGUUCGCACGCUCGACGACGAUAAGAUCUCCCGCCAGCACCUCAAGAUCAAAACGAUCGGCGACCAGCUCUGGCUCACCGAUAUCGACACCACAUUCGGCACUCGACUCCGCGGGGAGCCCGUGCGCGGGUGGACGAGAGCAGGCCACGGAGACGAGCUGGCGCUCGGCGCGUCCCUAUUCCAGCUGCUGCUCAUGCCGGCGGAGGCGCAGACGCCGCAGGGGCUGCCGCCGACGCUGCCUGGAGCGCUCAAGAGGCAGGGCCGGUGCCCGCCACUGCCGCCGUCAGCGCCACGGGCGCCGAUGAAGCACGGCAGCUCUGUCGCGACGGAGCAGCGCGAGAAGGUGGCGGCGGAGGCCAAGGCCGCAGCGGAGGCGCGCCAGAAAGCGGCGCUCGACGAGCAGGAGGAUCCGGAGCUCCAGGAGGCGAUAAGGCGGUCGAUCAAGGAGCAGGUCGAGCUGGAGCUCCGGCGCAAGGCUGCCUUGACAAAGAUGCGCAAUGACGCGCGCGCGCAGACGGCAAAGGCGCUCGCGGCGAGCGAGGCUGAGAUCGAGGUGCUCUGGCAGCUCGCCGAAGACGACGGCCGCCCGCGCGACGUCUGGUGGCGGGCUCGCCUGCGCCUGCCCGGCUGCUGCGCCGCACGCUCUCUCGGCACGGAGGCGGCGGCGACGAGAUCGGACGGCGGCGGCGCGGUGCUCGAGUACGCUGCCAUGCACGGCUUCGAGGCGGAGACGCUGAGCGUGCGAUUCCUUGAUGUGUCGGCCGCUUUCCAUGUCAGCGCGCACGAUGGCUGGCUCCGCCACGCGGGCAGCGGCGGAGGCCAAGGCGCGACUGGCCGAGGAGCGCGCGCGCAAGAAGAGCCUUGA